AUCACUACUGUCAUUCAUGCAUGGUUGUCUUUACCAAUUGCAUUCUUUUUUUCUGCGAUUUACACUUUUUAUUACAAUUUGCAGCGAUUGAGUUAAACAAUAUUCUGUAUGGCUAUGAAAGUGAUAGAAAUAGCAUAUUUAUAGUUAAAAAGUGUUAAAAUCGAGCUUCUGGUGUUACGGGUGACAUAAUAUUCAUCUUGGUGAACUGCGUAUCAUGUAACUUUUGUGGUUUAUUUUGCGGGAUACAGCAUCUAUUUUCAACUUGAGAAUCUCCCUUGCCAUGCUGGACCCAAUAUAAGAAGCAACCAUGAGUGGCUGGCUUCGUUCGACGAGCCUGUCGUUCGCGCGUCAGCUGUCGCGCUCCCUCGACCCUCGGCAUGACUACGAACCCCAGGCAUGCUACAGUUCCUUUUGUAAGCACUGGCAACAGGCUCACGAUAUAAUACUCAAGUCACAGCCGAACCAUCUUCACGAUGACGUGCUGGGCGUGGUGAACCACCUAGAGCAGUUAGCCACGCUCCUAGUCCUGGAGGCGAGGGCUCGAGAGAUAAACACAACGAACAGUCCCGCCGCCUGCCUCGAGUACCUGCUUAGCGAGAACCUACUCGAUAAACUCUACGAGUGGGCUAUAUGUACUGGGAAAUACGAAAAUGCCGUGCGUUUGGAACAGCUCAAACUAUUCGGUAUACUCAUCAGCCAUUAUAGCACGCAGGUGAUAGCAGCAGAACCAUUCCUAAGACCGCUGUUGAAGUUACUGAGCGGCUUCAGGAAUGAAUUACCUCCACCUAAUCUUGAGAGUCAAUUAGUAACAGUAUUGAAUCAGCUAUGCGUCGCCUUGAUGCAGAACAUAAACUUUUUAGAUCUAUUCUUUUUGACUACGCACACGCAAAAGGGUUCGCAGGCUGAGUUCAUAAUAGUUCGCCUCUUGCUAUCGUCUGUCCACCGUGAGGGCAGCACUGGCGCGGCGGCUCGCGAUGCGUUACUACUCUGCGCUAAGAUGUCCGCGCGAUGCCCACAACUGGCCGAAUUCAUGCUGGCUGGGAACACUUGUCCUGUACUUGCUACAGGUCUGAGCGGUCUAUACUCCCUCCUACCACGCACGCUAAGCGAUAAAACAUACCGACUGACGCCUGAUGAUGUCAACCACGUACAUAAACUCACGUUAUUCAUUGAUUCGCUGGAGUUCUGCAAUGCUGUGGCACAGGUGGCGCACCCAUCUAUCAAGAAGCACCUGCUAGACUUAUCGUACCAAGGUUUCCUAGUACCUGUGAUGGGGCCGGCGCUCUUACAGACGAAAGCGGCGCCGUUGCAGAGUGGCGCGGGCGAGCAGGCCGCCGCCAUGGCCUACCUCGAGCUGUUGCUACGCUGUGUUACGAGGCGAGGCUUGCUACGGGCCGUGCUACACUUCCUCUUCGUCUACGAGUAUGACGGAGUCAGGGUUGUGGACGUGCUGCUGAGGAGGCUCGAGGGGAAUUCACAGCUAUCCCUGGUAUCCCUGGCCCUCAUGGAGACGCUUAUCGACCUGAACUGCGAGGACGUGAUGGUGGACCUGGUCUUCAAGCACGUCCUGAACGGCCACCACCUGAUGGUCGCCUACAGGCAUAAGAUAGCGGACCCUGAACCCUACAGGGACGCUGCUAUCGCCUUUUUGGGACUCUCGCCCAGAUGCUGCUUGAGACCUAUGGAGAAGACGCGACAGUGGGUAGACGAGCUGGCGCAAAGCGGGAGACGUGUACUGGACUUGAAGAGUGAUAAUGAACGCCGCUUCAACGGAGUGCACGACGACAUUGCUAUGAGCCACCUCGUGCAUGAGCUUAAAGUCAAUUAUGGUAACCCCAACGACACGCUAUUCGGCAACUACCACGCCUACAUAUGCGACUCAAGAUUCGAAAUCGUAUCCCGCGUAAUAGCGUGCAGCAACUGGACAUCAAGAUACGAUAGCAUAACAAACCCGAAACGCGAGACCAACAACAACACUAAAGAAACGAAAGAGAUAGAUGCACAAACACUAAUAAAAGAGCAGGACAGCUUGAUAUCAUGCACCAGCGGCUACGAGACGAAAACAAGUGACAGUUCAGAGAAAGAACAACACAGUCUGACGUCACUGAAUGAGCAGGAACUAAAGAAUGAACAACAUGACGUGAAUGAACAACAGAAUGAAGGAAAGGAACAUGAUAGUCUGACGUCUACGGGGGAGAGUAGUGGAUACGAGAGUUUUAAGUAUAAGGAGGUGGAUGGCGAUGAAGGUUUCGCUGAAGAGUUGUUUAGAAGGAGCUUCGCGAAGAGGGAGGCGAGGGAGUAUGACGGGGAAGUGCCUUUGAUUAGGAGCUGGAGGGCCAGCGCUGAGUCUAUGAUUGGCCCACUACUAAGCAGUCUCUUAAAGAAGACCGCGAUGCUAUUAGAAUCAGAAGUGAUAGUCAACUGCAGAGUAACGAGCGUGAUAUCCAAGCUGGCGUCACUACCGACACCGCUGCUGACGUCACUACUGCUGUGUCCGAGCUUCAUACUGCAGCCGAAUGUGCCUUCUCUGUACCAAGUUUUAAGUAAACUAAAAGAAGAAGUGGACGAGUUAACAGAAGGUAUCGAGAACACCGGCGAGCUCGUGGACAAAGCGAGAGUCUUCCUCAUACAGCGCGAGAUGGCGCUGGUGAAGACGCGAGGCCCGACAAAUGACGAAAGUCAAGGCCAAGAAGUAGCUCUCAAGGACGACUCUCCGUUCCGACGCGUCGAAUUCAAACGACGAAGUCUAUCCAACAGCUUGUCCAGUAUGUUUGGCAGAAGGUUAUCCUCAUCAUCACCAUCCCAACAAAUCGCUCACAGUCCACAAACCAAUACCUACGCGAGUCCGCACAAACGACCCAACUUCACACAAGAGUCAUACUGGAACCAAUCCAUCACACUACGUUCAAUACUCAACGCGGUAAUACUAGACGAAUGGCUUAAAGAACUAGCGGCUCUCUGCGAAGAACACGCGCUAAGGCUAGCAGCAGGAAACUACGAAGACGACGGCUACAUACAGUCGGUGGCCUUAUGACUGAGAGCCAAAGCCGCUGAAGGCACAUACAUAAAAAAAAGUUACGUCAGCGGAAACUCAGCUGACACAUUCGUUUAAAUUUCACGUCAAAUCGUGGAACGCCAUAAUCAAAUUACUGGUUGUUAACAGUUUAGUCGAUUGUUUCAAGAAUCGAUUAAAAAUCGACUAUGUACCUAUUUGUGUUAUAACAUUUGUCGUUUAACGCACAUUGCGUUUCGAGAAGUGUUUAUAAAAUGAGUGAUGACCUACCGUGGGUGUCGAGUUGCCUUUUAGGUAUAGCGAAAUUAUACAACGUAAUGUAAAUAAUUUAGUUAUAAGAGAAAUGGAACUUUCAUGUGAGUCAGCGACGUAAGAAAGUUAACGAUUUUGAUAAGAUAAUUGGUUACGAAUAAAAAAUAAAAUGAACAGUAUUCAUUGUCAAUAUUAGAAAUAAAUUCGUAGAUAUAAACUUACAACUUUUGAGACUUUUUCUCUUUACAGAUUAACUGCAAUUGCUUCUAACAAAAAACUUUGUAACUAAUAUUGCUGUUUUAAAUCAUAUCUUUUAGUAUAAGAAUAAUAGGCGAAAAACAAAUCGUUAACUUUCUUACAUCACAAGUUUUCGAACAAACUUUAAAAAGAAAAAUGAGUUUUUAAUAAAUGUACUAUAAUCUCCGCAAAAGGCUAACAAACAGGAACAUUUUCGCAUUCAAGAAAAAAGACCUCCUUAUCUCAGUUAUAAAGAUCUGCUCCCCUAAACAUAUGCCUCCCCCAGUGACCAACAUACAAAUUAAGUCAUA